AUGUCCAAGGUCUUGCCGGAUGGGUGUCGGGACGGUAGACCCGUUAGCCAUAAGAGUUCCAACACCAGCAGAAGUUUGACUAAGGCGUGGCCAAAAGACCCUUUAGUGAGCAAGACUUCCAGCACUAGUAGAAGUACAAGCAUGGAGGACAUUCAAUACAAACAGAAUUAUCUACGGCUUGGGGUGAAUCCAACUUUGGUAGUUAGCAGUUGGGAAUUGGCCAAGGAAUUGUUCACCAUCAACGACCUGGCGGUGACCUCUCGGCCACCUUUUACAGCUGCAAAAUACUUGGGCUACAACUUCGCCACGUUUGGUUUUGCUCCACAAGGUCCAUACUGGCGCGAAACACGCAAAAUAACCACUUCAGAAUUACUAUCAAACCGCAGGCUUAAUCAACUGAAGGAUGUCAGGAUUCAUGAAGUGGAAACAUCUUUAAAAGAGCUAUACACGCAUUGGGAUGAAAAAAGAAUGGCUCAGGCGAUGACGGUUGCAGGGAAGAGGUAUUAUGGUAGUGCUGUGGGUGAUGAUGAUAAAAUAAAAGCACAGCAAUGGCAGAAGGCUGUGAGGAAAUUGUUCAAGCAUUUAGGGAUUUUUGUUGUGAGGGACGCUUUACCUUUUCUUGGGUGGCUGGAUAUUGGUGGGCAUGAGAAAGCCAUGAAGAGAACUGCAAAAGAAAUAGACAGUAUUCUAGAGGAAUGGUUGGAAGAUCAUAAGCGAAAAAGGCUUUUAGGUGAGACUGAUCAAGCAGAGCAAGAUUUCAUGGACGUUAUGCUUUCGGUCCUUCAAGGCAAUGAACUUGCAGGUUAUGAUGCCGAUACAGUAAACAAAGCCACAUCCUUAGGUAUGAUUGCAGGCGCUGGCGACACCACCCUCGUUACUUUGACAUGGGCUAUGUCUCUACUGCUAAACAACAAGCAUGUGCUGGUAAAAGUCCGAGAAGAAUUGGAUAGAUCGAGACCAUUAGAGAGUAAUAAUCUUGUUCCAACUGAUGAUGAUAAGGGAGCUCCUAAUCUAUGUAAAGUCGUACUGCGUAAUCCAUGUUCAUAUGAAACCAGAAGUGGUAGCAGGUGCGGAUUCAGGGGACUGAUGAAUGAGCAAUCCAGGGAGGUUUUCCCUUAA